AAUUAUGUAGGAAUCCUUCCGUAUCCGAACACCAGCACUCUAUAUUGACAUUCCGCGGUCGGGACGUUUAGUUAUUGAGCUAGUUAGCUUAUAAAGCGUUGUAGGGUUUUGUCAGCACCUUUUGUGCCCCGCAGACGGCUUCUACAAGGAGAGUGCCCUGGAACUCGUAGUAUAUGAUACUCUAGAUGUCGAUCACUGACGUCGGAGCUGAAAAGACGAAGUUUAAAAUGGCUUUAUCAGCUGAGAAUACACAAUAUAGACUGCUUUGGUUUGGAUGGUUCAGCUUUCGGCCAAAAUGGCUCCAGUUUCUAAAUACUUCAAAGUGGUUUUUAUUUUUCAUUUGCAUGUAUUUUUUUACUCAAAGUAUAGUGGUGAAUGGAGUAUAUUCUGUGUCUAUUACUACGAUAGAGAAGAGAUACGGCUACUCAAGUUCUAUGACAGGUGUGUUGACAAGUUGCUACGAUGUUGCAGCCUUUCUCCUUACUCCUCUGGUUAGCUACCUCGGUGCCAGACGACGAAAGCCCAAGUGGUGUGGUGUGGGGCUGUUAGUCAUGGGUGCUGGUUUUUUCAUCUUUAUUCUACCGCAUCUGUUCUCUGGAAAAUAUAUAGCUGGCCAGCCAUCAUCAGAAAGGUCCAUAUUAUGUGACGCCAAUAGAACCAUAGGUAGCACCAGUCCACAAUGCAAGCAGUCCCACAGCAGUCUGGCUUACUAUAUGUUGUUCAUUGUUGGAAUGUUGGUUAUUGGGUCUGGGUCAAUACCGAUGUGGAACCUUGGAGCGGCAUUUAUUGAUGAGAACGUUAAGGCAAAAUCAUCUCCGAUGUAUAUUGGGAUAUUUUCAUGUUCGGGAGUUAUCGGAGCCGGAGUCGGGUUUGUUCUCGGUGGCUUUUUCCUUUCGAUGUACGUUGAUGUUGGUACCCAGACCUCACUGACGCCCAAGAGUGAGGAAUGGGUAGGAGCCUGGUGGCUAGGAUUCAUUGUGUGUACUGUGCUUGCUAUUUUAUGGAGUGGAUGGCUUAUUGGAUUCCCUAAAGAGUUACCAACGACUCAAGAAUUGAAGAAACAAAACUUGAUUGGAAAUAAUAACAGUGCAAUCGACCAAGAAGUUGGUUACGUUAAACUAAAAGAUCUACCUAAAGCCUCCAAAUCUCUUUUAUCCAAGAUCCCAUACGUAGCAAUAACACUAGGGAUUUGCAUCGAAGGUUUCUUGGUGUCAGCAUUCACAGCAUUCAUGCCUAAAGUCAUCCAACAACAGUUCCAAUAUUCGCCGUCUACAGUCAGUUUACUGAUGGGCGUGGUUGUUAUACCAGCAGCAUUGUUAGGAAACUUUAUAGGUGCUUAUAUCUGCAAACGUUUAAAUCUCCAUCUUCGAGGAGCAGCUAAGAUGGCGUACAUGGUUAGUGCACUCAGUCUUCUGGCUGGCUGUUUGUUGUUCCUAAAUUGCGAUACACCAUCCAUAGCAGGCAUCAAUGGAUCUUAUGCUAAUGAGUCUUCUUCACAGCUGACGUCAUCAUGUAACGCUAAAUGCGCAUGUUCGACCAUAGAUUUUAAACCUGUUUGUUCUGGAGGCGUGACGUACUUCUCGCCAUGUUACGCAGGAUGUCAGACAGACUUUAAAAACGGGUCUCUGAGUAACUGCGCAUGUCUUCCAAGUGGAAGUGACGUAACCAUCGGUAUUUGUAGGAUUGACUGCGGGCUCAAACCGCUGUUUUACCUUAUUUCAUAUUUCCUGGUGGUUUUCUUGACUUUCAUGAGCGCAACCCCUGCAACAGUCGUAACACUAAGGUCCGUUUCUAAUGAUCAGCGGGCAUACGCUCUUGGCAUUCAGUCCAGCUUACUGAGGAUUCUGGGUACUAUUCCUGGACCUAUUGUAGUUGGUACUCUGAUUGACAUGACGUGUACUUUAUGGAAUGAAGGAUGCAACGGUAGAGAAAACUGUUUACAGUAUGACAACAGAAGACUUUCAACAGUCGUGCUAGUCACGGGAUUACUAUCCAAAAUUAUCAUCACUACCUGUUACUUCAUCUCUUGUAUCUUCAGUCCCAAGGACCAAUCAGAUCAGAAUGGCGUCGUCGGUAAACGGAAAGAGAUAAAAGUUCAUUGUGGAAGUUUUACAGACUGCGAAAGAGAAACUUACCUAUARUUGUAGCACCAUAUCGGCACAGCGCCCACUCCAUGGAGAAUAUCACUGCAUGUAGAGUGGUGUAAUGUGGAAGGAUGGAAAGUCUAUGCUUGAAAGUCGACGUCCGAAUGUCACAUCUUUCAUAACAAAAAAGUGCUAGAGCACUCGAAUAGUUAGCCUCUACCAUGUACGUGCAACAAACCAAGCAUUGCGCAAUGUUUAUUUUAUAAACAAAAAUACCAACAAUAUAAGAUUGGACAUUUKUAUUCAUGUCUUUUUAUAUUGUGGAUAGUAAAGUCCUGCAGUACGACGCGUGCUAUAAUGGCCACCCGAUUGACUUUCAUAUCUUGAACUUUUAUUGAACUCUGAAACAAUCUCCGAGCUAAUCAAAGUUAGGGAAAUAUCAACUCAGAUCGAAUUGGAAUUUAGCUUGUUCUUUUCGGAGGAAAGAAAGCAGAAGAACCUGAAGAACAACCCACGAAACGAGGGACCUUGUAACACGUGAAACAAGAACAGGAAAGUAGAGUAUCUUGGCUGGAAAGACUCGACCCCCUGUUCCAAUAUUUGAAUGUCACGAAGUUACUCAAAAGGAAGAUCUCUGUUUUGGAUGGCGGUGCUAGUACACGUUGUAGUCUGUAGACAAUUUUUAAAGUGAAAAAAAUAGAAAAAAUGUUUCACAAAAUACUAGAAAAAUAUUCACCACUUUCAUAUCGGAAUGGAAUUCUUAUUGCCCAUUUUAUUGUAUUAGAAUCAUGAACAACAUAUUCGUUUUUGAUUUAAAUAUAUAUAUA